UGACUUUAUUCAUUCCCCACUCUGUCAUCUCCCAUCCUUUCUCAAGAAACAAUGAUGAUGGCUCACCCACCCACCGAGCUGAGUGAUGAGCUCAAUAAGGGACCAUAAAGAAGAGUUUGGCCUUAUACUUCCUGGCGACGCAACCACGUUUGAACCACUUUACUCUCUCGUGCGCCUGAGAUAUGGAGGGGAGAAUCCACAUACUGAUAACUGGAGUGCUGCAAUGCCCUGGUUAUAGUCCACUGUAUAUACACAAACAAGGACACAAUGGCUUCCUUAAUAUGGUGCCAAGGGCCGCGAUCGCUUACUCUAUUCACUUAUUGACAACCGCCUCCUGUGGUGGGCACAAACUAAUGUUAAUUAAUUUAAUUUACGACGUCCACAUCCUCACAUAGUCCUAACCUGUCGACAUCCAGUCAAGUCGUCAUUCCCAUACAAGUGCGAUGAGCGACACUGCAAACAUCGAUCUCGAUAAUAUUAUCGAAAGGCUGCUCGAAGUGCGCAGCUCGCGUCCAGGCAAGCAGGUGCAGCUGGCUGAGCAGGAGAUUCGAUUCCUGUGCACAACCGCACGCGAGAUCUUUAUGUCUCAACCCAUUCUGCUCGAGCUUGAGGCCCCAAUCAAGGUCUGUGGUGAUAUCCAUGGUCAAUACUACGAUCUCUUGCGUCUCUUCGAGUACGGAGGAUUUCCACCCGAGGCCAACUAUCUCUUCUUGGGCGAUUAUGUCGACCGCGGCAAGCAAUCGCUCGAAGUCAUCUGCCUGCUUUUUGCAUAUAAGAUCAAAUACCCUGAAAACUUUUUCAUUCUCCGUGGUAACCACGAGUGUGCGAGCACAAACCGAAUCUACGGCUUCUACGAUGAAUGCAAGCGCCGCUACAAUAUUAAACUCUGGAAGACCUUCACAGACUGCUUCAAUUGCCUGCCGGUCGCUGCAAUUGUUGACGAAAAGAUCUUUUGCAUGCACGGCGGCCUCUCGCCGGACUUGCUGAAUAUGGAGCAGAUUCGGCGUGUGAUGAGGCCAACAGACAUCCCUGACACUGGCCUCCUGUGCGAUCUGCUGUGGUCAGACCCUGACAAGGACAUUACAGGUUGGAGCGAGAACGAUCGCGGCGUGUCCUUCACCUUUGGACCGGAUGUCGUGGGCCGAUUCUUGCAGAAGCAUGACUUGCAGCUUGUUUGCCGUGCGCACCAAGUCGUUGAGGAUGGAUACGAGUUCUUUGCGAAGCGUCAAUUGGUUACCUUGUUCUCGGCCCCCAACUACUGCGGAGAAUUCGACAAUGCUGGAGCGAUGAUGAGCGUCGAUGAGACCUUGAUGUGCUCAUUCCAGGUACGCCUUUUUUUUUUUUUUCUUCUCUUUAUCUCAAAAAGUAAGAACUGUUACUGUUGCCGCUAUUAUCAGGGGACGCCUUAUUCACUUUUUUUUUUGACGAACAGAUCCUUAAGCCAGCAGAAAAGAAGCAAAAAUACACGUAUGGCGGCCUUGGAGGCACCACGCGGGGCAAGAAGAAGAAGGAGAUGGCCAAGGUCACGUAGAGGAGCUUCCAAUAGACCUUGGAUGUUACACAAACAUAUUCUUUGUACGUAAAUUUGAUAUAAAUGCGACAUAAUGCGCUUAAGGGUAUUUUCAAAGAGCAAGGAACGAUUUUUUUUGA